CGCCCCCGCCCCCGCUGCCCGAGGAGGACCGCAUCGACCUGAACCCGUCCUUCCUGGGCAUCGCCCUGCGCUCCCUGCUGGCCAUCGACCUGUGGCUGUCCAAGAAGCUGGGGGUGUGCGCGGGAGAGAGCUCGUCCUGGGGCAGCGUGCGGCCCCUUAUGAAGCUGCUGGAGAUCUCGGGACACGGCAUCCCCUGGCUGCUGGGCACCCUCUACUGCCUGUCCAGGAGCGACAGCUGGGCCGGGCGCGAGGUGCUGAUGAACCUGCUCUUCGCUCUGCUGUUGGACCUGCUGCUGGUGGCCCUGCUCAAGGGGCUGGUCCGCAGGCGUCGCCCAGCCCACAACCAGAUGGACAUGUUUGUCACCCUCUCGGUGGACAAGUACUCCUUUCCCUCGGGCCAUGCCACCAGGGCCGCCCUGGUGUCGCGGUUCAUCUUGAACCACCUGGUGCUGGCCAUUCCACUGAGGGUGCUGGUGGUACUGUGGGCCUUCAUCUUGGGCCUCUCCAGGGUCAUGCUGGGGCGACACAAUGUCACCGACGUGGCUUUUGGCUUUUUCCAGGGCUACAUGCAGUAUAGCAUCGUGGACUACUGCUGGCUGUCACCGCACAAUGCUCCAGUCCUCUUUGUACUGUGGAACCAACAAUGACACCGUCUUAUUCGUUAUGGCACCAGGAGAUCUAAAUGUUUCCACAUGCGAUCAUGCUGACAUAAGCCAGCAGCCAUACCGCUUGUCCCUCUUAGGACAUUUCAGGCUUCCUUUGGAAUUUUAGGUGUCCCUCUUGAUGGGUUGCUAGGCUGAAGCCACAUGCUGGCCAUUACUGAUCACAGCCAUAUUACAGAAAGAAAAAAAAAAUCCCACUGUUAUACAUUCAACAACUGUUUGUAUCUCCAGGACAACUGCAAAGAAAUCGAGCUGGCGUGAUUGUAAUGUUGCUGUUUUUUCAAAAUUGACAUCAGAAAAAUUGUAUUUUGUAGUGAUCCUAUACGUCAAUAUAUCACUUGUGAACUGAACUUUGAAAAAAAAAAAGGAUCUUCAUUCUGUAAAUAUAUAGGCAGAUAAGCUGCAUACUAAUCAUAGUUCUUAGUUAUUUAAGAGUCUAAGACAUAGCUUUUUCUAGUUUAUUCUCUGAAGAUCUGUUAUCACAGCUGGGGAGAUUUCCUCUUAAUGUUGAUUUUCUUGGUAAGCAUUUUUAGUUUAUUGUCUCUUUCAUCUUUGUGGACUUGGUAGUGAGAAGAGAGAUUAUAGUACAUAACUUUCUUUUACCUCUUCAAAAGAUCUUUAAAUUUAUAUUUAGUUUCCACUAUUCUCUAAUAUUAUCUUUUAGCAUUCAGAGAACAAGCCAAGAACUUACUUGAAGAAGAUACACUGAAAGACGGGCAUAUCUAUAGUCUCUAGAAAAAAAGGGAGGAUAGAACAAUGGCCUUAUGCAGAAAAGAUAAGCUACUGAGGAGGUCAGAGAAACUGAGAGUUUGGGGGUAGCUAACCACAUACUAUUAGUAUGUCAAUGGACCAGUAUGGUAGGAUAUGGGGCCCUGCUACCUGUCAUCUCUACUGAAUUAAAAAAAAAAAAAAAAAAAGCUCCUCCACUGAGUUAAUAAAAUGGGAAAAUAAUGUGACUCUUUGCAAUGCAAAAGUGUGAGCUUUUUCAGCUAUACCACAAGGAUGACCUUGUCUAUUAAUACUUUUUCAUAUGGAAUUCGGUUUCCCUGUACACAGCACACUUUAAGUAACAGUAUUUCAUUUGAAAUUAAUCAGGGGAGUCUGCUGCUAUACAAGGUACAACUAACUCCUAAAUUUACAUUUACAUUGACCUUUACAUUUAAAGCAGUUUAUUCAUGGUGCCUCCCCCAAAUCACAAGAACAAAGAUCACCAAAUGUAGAGUGGACGCUGCUCAUUAUUCUUUGACCAUGAAAAACUGAAAGGGUAAGCUUUAAAUGCCUCUCUACCUAAAAAUUAAGAACCUUUAAGUUAAAAACCUUUGACAAGUUAUUUUGACAUUUAUAAAUAGAAUGGAUUAUAACCUUUGAUCUGUCAUAAACUAGUAGAGGUGCACAUAGGAAUCUGGAGAAUGGUUGUGACAAGUAAGGCUAUGAUUGGGUGGAAACAAAUUUUCUGAGUGUGGGAGGCACACUGAGAGAGGAAUAGCUACUCUUCAAGAUAAAAGAGUAGCUUUUUCAAAUAAAAUCAUUUUCAUUCCCACAACAUCCUGAACACAGACUACCUCUUCACUUGCAGAGUCAAACUGAAGCAGUAAGUAGUUUGCUUUAUCAUUUAAUCUUAGAGAGAUCCUUUAUUUUAAUGGUAACAAUAUUCAGGCCAGAUAUUUGGAAGCAUGACAUUUCUUAUAGUGUUCACAAACCUGAAUAUUAGAGGCUCAAAAUUAGGCUUACCUUCUGGUUACUGGCUAGAUAUAGUUCUGGAAUUCCCUAUCUUAGUUUCUGGGGCCUAGUUUGCUGGCUUUAAAGCACAGAUCAAUUCACCCUGUUUUUGGAGAAUCCUAAGUACUGUAGAGUAGAAAACUGAUUUCACUGUUAAUUAAUUGUAUACUGAGGAAUGCCUUUUAAAAAUGAAAAUAAAAUUAACCAAUAAUAUUGAA